AUGUCUUGGGAAGAAGAAUUCGAUGAUUACUUCAUAACUGAUGAUGAAAAUAGUAUUUGGAUGAACUUCGACAGUUCCAUUGAGGAUGACAUACUCUUUUCAGAAGGUGCACCCCUCUACGAGGUCCGCAACUAUCCCAUACCCGACUUUGGGCUUGUGUGGCGGAACCGCCCUCCCCCUUUCGAUCAGAUUAUCUUCUCGAUCAACUUCAUUGUACAGUGUGCCUCAAGCACUAGUAGUCGGAUGGUUCAUGCUGCCUCCGUUAUAGACACGACCAUCCAAGUUACGGCCCGCAUCCUGCUCCAUUCCAAUGGCGAGGCCAUCGCCCCGUUUCCGUCUACCGUUGGGGUUUUGCCCGACAUGCACCGUCCGAUCCUCGAUCAGAUCUGCAAGGCAGCCCAAGCGAUGUUGGCGGAGCCACAUAACGCGUUGAGGUUAAUAUACUCCGUUAGGACAGUAAUACUUAACGGCAUGCCCAUUGCAGUCCACCAGGGGGUUUCUCCAUUCGAAGUGGAGCAUGGACUGGAAGAAAUUAUGCAUAUGGUCGAUGGCGAUCAAUUAGGCGGAGAUGCAGAAGAGGGGAAUCACUUCGAUGGAAACCCUGCCACGGAGUCUUCGAUUAGGGCCCUGAAGCGGGUCAGUUAUGCUCGGGACUGUGAAGGGACGAGCAGCGACUGCUCUAUCUGCCUGGAGGCGUUCAAGCCAGGGAUGGAGCUGACAGAGAUGCCGUGCUCCCACAUCUUCCACGGCGGUUGCAUCGAGAAGUGGCUGAAGCAAAGCCAUACGUGCCCUCUAUGCCGUUACAGAAUGCCAUGCGCGACGGGAUAA